AAUGCCAAAAAUUAGCUAACCUAGCCAGUAUAAAAAUCUAUUUUUAAAUAAGUAAAAUACACAACUAAGGCUGGGUUAUUAAAAAUAAAACCACAAGGGUGCCUUAGCUGUCUUGCCUGUUCAACCAGGCCUGGAAGAGCCCAAAGAUGGCCGAGUGCAUCAUCUUGGUCACACUUAACGUUUGUUGCCAGCCUUUGCCACCCAUAAUCAGGUAUGUGGAGAGGUAUCUUUUCCUAUUUCCCCCCUAAUCCCUUUGUUUACAUGUCGGCGGAGCGACGGCCAAUCCGGUGGCAGGUAGGCGGCGUUAGGUGCCCCUGGAAAUGGACACAAACAAGAUCAUAAAACCCAGAGACCAUUCAUGAAGGUAGAGGACCCCGCGAAAACCCACCGCCCAGCGGAUGAGGAGGAGGAGAAGGAGGCUACCUGCGGGAGGGUAUAAAACCAGACUGCAGAACCUCCAUGGCAGCAUUAGCAAUCGAAGGUUCGUCGAGAGCAGACACACACAGCCGCCACCGCAACUCAGCAAAUCGCCAUGGAACGGAGCCAUCUUUAUCUGCCCACUCUGAGCUACGCGGCCAUGGGUCACCUAUACGCCCCGUACCACGGCAGCAGCUCGCCCGCCCUAUCAUCAGCGUCGUCCUCCUCCGCAUCGUCGUCCUCGAGGCCGGAACAGAUCGAGGAGCUGGUGUCCCAGCAGCUGCACCACCUCAAGAUGCACUACGCCGACGAGGAGCAGCGCUACGUGGACCAGAUGCUGCUGGAGAAUCCCAUUGUGGUGGAGCGCCGGGCACCGCCGCCGCUGAAAGUAGAGGCGGAGCAAGGAUCGGGAUCCGGAUCCGGUUCGGACAUGAAGGAUGCCCAGCGGCAGCGGGCCGAGUCCUGCCGCAAGUCGCGCUACAACAACAAGAUCAAGAAGGCCAAGCUGCGCUUCCGGCACAAGUUCGUCAGCGGGCAGCUGAAGAAGAGCGCCCUGAUGUUGGACACGAUGCGGGAUGUGAUUGCGCAGGCGGAGCGGCAGCUCCUCGAGCGGGGCUUCCCCGCCGACGCGCUCGAGCGCAUGCGCAGCACCUUCGGCCUGGGAAUGGAGCAGUGAUCCAGGCAUCCCUGGGAGCACCAAUAUACAUAAACCGAAGUACCGGAGAUAGGAAGACGGAUUCCUGACUAGUCCAGCAUUAGCCACACCACUUUUUUUUUUUUCUUGUUGACUAUAUCUAGUGUUACUCUAAGCGUAUUAUUAAGUUUUUAAAUAAAGUUAAGAAGUAUUACGAAAGUCA